UGUAUGAUGAGCUGUUCACCUGAUAGAGAAGGCUAUAGAAGCGGUUUUAUGAAAAAACUUCUUGCGUUCGAACACAAAAUGAACGAAGAAUACGCCAACAGAACGAGUAGCACGUACCAGUAUGUGUUGAUGGACGUGUUCGACAGGAAAAACGAUGACAAUGAGAAAGUGUGCAUAGAUCCACGAAUAAUACUGGACGAGAACGACAGCAAUAGUGCUCCUCUAUGGUACUCGAACAGCUGCAACAAACCGGCAUACUCCUAUUCGCAGCUGAUCACACAGGCUCUUGAGAGCACAGACGAAAAGAAGCUCACACUGAGCCAGAUAUACGCUUAUAUCAAGGACAGGUACGCGUAUUACCGGUAUGCUGAUCCAGUCUGGCAGAAUUCGAUCCGACACAACUUGUCUCUGAACAAGAACUUCAGGAAGGUCCAAAGACCACAGAAUAUGCCGGGAAAGGGUGGAUUCUGGGUUCUGGAAAGGAUCUCGGACGCAGAAAUUGAUGAAAAAGAAGAUGAUGGUGUGAAAUUGGUGUGUAAUGUGUACGAAAAACAGGAGAAUACCAAAAAAUUUAAGUUUCUACACGAGGAAGAGCCGGUGGAAAUGAAUUACUAUCAGAAAGAGGAUGAUAGCCUGUUCAACGGGAGUAUAUCGCUCAGAAAUACCUAGCUAAGCUUUAGAAUAGUUUGUAAUAAAUCCUAGCAUUUUUGUAUAGAGCACCGCAUUUCUCAUUUUUGUACCACCCGUUGAUUUGUUACGCAGACAUGUUGGGCCAGUGCUUCUGAACCAGAGGGUGUAGCAGGCAUUUGUCCACAUUACGCCGUCACUGCUGCUCGUUCACGUUUAUACACCAUGGGAUUGGUG